AGCAUCAAGUCUGUUCUAAUAUCGCCACCCCUUACCGCGUUAAUCUAAACGGAGGGUCGAUCUUCUUCCGAUGAUGACCGAUUCAAAAUUCUCGCUACCUCGUUUUACCAGUUUACAAUCGGGCGUCUCGGCGCCUCGAGUUUAUUAAAUAUAUAACCAUGUAGAUUGUGUUGGAUUUAGUUGUGUGAUCAAAAAUUUUUAAAUUUCCUCCGUAUUUAUAAGUGAGCAAAAAUUUAUAACGAGAACUCAGUGUGGGUAGAAGUGUAGAUCUAUGAAAAGGCGGUCAAAUGGCAAGUUCAUCGGAACGUACAAUUUUGCUGGUUAAAUUGGAAAAAAUAACUGAUACUGGUUGAACCAAUCGGUAAUCAUGUGAUUGCGAAUCAUUUCCUUGUUCGAAAGGGCGACCCUGCGAUCUUCUUUACCCGGAAAUGGGCUGUGGACAUAGCAAAAUUAACAUUUAUCCGAGAAAAUCGAAAAAUAAGAACAAUUCCAAAAAAUCAGCCGAUACAGAAAAAAUAGAAACGGAAGAAGAGGAAUGCGUCGAACCGGAAACGGAAAAUACCGAAGACGUCGAAGAAAGCGGACAGAAGAGAACGAUCAAAUUCAAACCGAUCGGCGGUCCGCUCCUGGCUCAAACCGAAAUAUCGACGAGUCAACAAGAUUUUUUCAAAAUGUUGGACGACAAAAUCGAAAACGGUCCGGAUUACGAUUCCGAUAGCGAAUCGGAGAAAGCUCGCGAAGAGGCUCGUCUGAGAGCUCUGCUGAAAGAUUGGGAAACGGCGAGCGCCGGUUCGAGAUCCGUUCCGAGCACGCCGAAAAAACGUCCGGCGGUAGUGCGAGAUUCCGCCGCCAGAGACGUUGCGUUUACGCCGAAAAUACCAACGGAAAGGGUGUACGUGUCGCAGAUUCCGGCUAGCGUUAUCCAUCAAUCGUACGGCGUGCGACCGCCGUAUCGACAAGCGACUUUUCUUAACGCUAAUUACGCGACGCAAAGUCCCUCUCACCAGAUGGCGUACCCAUCGGCUAUGCAAUAUCAAGCGCUCAGCCCCCUGUACACUAAUCAAUCGCCGCAGCCGAGGCACUUUCCUCCCUCCGCUAGGGGUUAUUCGAAUAAUUCCCCCAAACAGAUUCCUUACGAACAGUCGAUGAUUUUUUCGCCGAAUCACAAAAUGUACGCGCUUCCGGUUCCCCAAUUGGGAAUUAAGGGGCAGCGAACAAUUAACGAACAAUCCAGUGAUGUCGGAUAUAAACCUUCAUUUAAAAAUGGGGAUCUUGUUCAACAACAUGUAUAUAGUCAACAAUCCGUGCAAUAUCAACAGUACAAAGAAGCUAGGGAGCAAGUAUUGGCGCAGAACCAGCAGCAGCAGCACCCCGUUGUUUACAGGGGACCAUCGAAAAAUUAUCAAAGUAGUGUUACUAUACCGAUAGUUGUUAAAAGCGGACAGAUCAGCGAUAUGAACGUUUUGCAUAGAAAACAGUACGAACUGACGUGAUAUAAUAAUAAUUAAUGAAAAGUUUUGAAUUUUUAAUAAACUGGUUAGAACAA